CCAUUUAUUUCAAGUUUCAACUCACCGAUUGAAAUAACAAAACCCACCACCAGUUUCAGCUUCCCAUCAAAAUAUCAAUGGCAUCCAUUUCGAAACGGCUACUCCUCUUCACGGCGGCGCUACUCGCCACCGCCGAAAUCGCAACCUCCGUCACCCGAUGUCCGGACUGCGGUGGCGCUGUCGUCCCUUAUCCUCUGAGUACGAGCCCCACCUGUGGGGACCAAUCGUACAAGAUCCGGUGCGACGCAGGCUUACUGAAAUUCGAUACGCUUAACAACACGUACCCGAUCAUCUCAAUCAACCCGUCGAUCCAACGACUGGUGAUUCAGCCCUCAAAUUUCGUCCCCAACACGUGCGUGACAGCGGAUAUCGCCUACGACGGGAUCCAAUUGAACAGUAGUUUACCCUUCAACGUGACGAGCGGGAACACGAUCCUCUACUUCAAUUGUACGGAUUCGCUCCUACGCUCGCCGUUGAACUGCUCGUCGACGAGUCUGUGCCAUUCGUACAUCAAUGGGUCGAGAGGGGCGGCGGCGUGCGAGGCGCCGCCGCUGUGCUGUACGUUUCGGGCGGGUGGGUCGUCGAAUUCGUACAUGAUUCGGGUGAGGGAAUCGGGAUGUAGCGCGUACACGAGUUUUGUGAAUUUGGACCCGAGUUUGGGAGUGGUUCAGUGGCCUGAACCCGGUUUAGAGCUGCAGUGGCUUUUGCCGAGUGAGCCGGUUUGUAAUAACCAGGCCGAUUGUGAUGGGAACGCGGUUUGUGGUGCUGACGGCAAUGGAACGACGUUAAAACGCUGUAUUUGUAAUUCUGGGUUUGUGUGGGACCCCGUUGCUGGAAUCUGCUCUCAAAAUACGUGUCAUGAUCCUGAUGGUUGUAAUAAGCACCGAACUGCACUGAUAGCUGGCAUCGUAUCCGGCGUGGGCGCGGCGGUGAUCGUCUCAACAAUAGCGAUGCUAGUGUACAAUCGGCGUAGAAGAGCAAAAGAAGCUCAAGAUCGUUUAACAAAGGAGCGUGAAGCCAUUCUGAAUUCCAACGGCGGAGGCGGAAGAGCGGCAAAGAUCUUCACCGGCAAAGAGAUCAAGAGAGCCACCCACAACUUCUCCGCCGACCGUCUUCUGGGUGCCGGCGGCUAUGGCGAGGUCUAUAAAGGCAUUCUCGGGGACGGAACCACUGUGGCCGUGAAAUGUGCCAAGCUCGGAAACGCGAAGGGCACCGACCAAGUCUUGAAUGAGGUCCGAAUCCUCUGCCAAGUUAACCACCGGAGUCUUGUCCGGCUUCUUGGCUGCUGCGUCGAACUAGAGCAGCCAAUUUUGGUGUACGAAUAUAUCCCCAACGGCACUCUUCUCGACCAUUUACAAGGUACGAACAACACAAAGGCAUUAUCAUGGGAGGAACGGCUCCGAAUCGCGCAAGGCACAGCAGAAGGACUAGCAUACCUUCAUUUCUCAGCAGUUCCACCCAUUUACCACCGAGACGUAAAAUCCAGCAACAUCCUACUAGAUCACAAGCUAAUCCCAAAAGUUUCGGAUUUCGGUCUCUCCCGAUUAGCGGAAACCGAUCUAAGCCAUAUCUCAACUUGCGCCCAGGGAACUCUAGGCUACCUCGACCCCGAGUACUAUCGAAACUACCAACUGACUGACAAGAGCGAUGUGUACAGCUUUGGAGUCGUUCUGCUUGAGCUGUUGACAUCGCAGAAGGCCAUAGACUUCGGUCGGGAGGCGGACGAUGUCAACUUGGCGGUUUACGUGCAGCGACUGGUGGAAGAAGAGAGAUUGGUGGAUGCCAUUGAUCCGAGACUGAAGAAGGGAGCCAGUGAUGUGGAGGUUGAUACGAUGAAGGCUUUGGGGUUUCUUGCUGUGGGGUGCUUGGAACAGAGAAGGCAGAAUCGGCCUUCUAUGAAAGAAGUGGUGGAGGAGAUUCAGUACAUCAUUAGCGUCGCCAUUGCCAAGGCUUGAAUAUUAUUUACUUGCCUAUGUUUGUGUUAUGCAUCGCUUAGUUUGAGCUCUUUAAAUUUGAUGUAAAGGGUUUUUAGUAGGGGAAAUAAAACUUGGUGUAGCACUUCAAUUUCGAAUCAUAAUUUAGUAUGUGAUAAAUUACUUUUUUUUCCA